UGGAGCUGCAGAAGAGAAUGUUAGGUGGCCGCAAUGAGAUGCAUGGAUGUAAUAAAUUUCAUGAACCAAGACUGAAACUUGUCGCUGAAUUUUAACUGCCUAGAGAUUUAUUUUCUCAUCUCUUGUAUUCAUGUGAAGCUCUAAAGACUUUUAUUCAUUUUCAUCAUACCUCAUACUCCACAAGGGAAGCUGAGAUCAUGUCUAUGUCACCUCAAGACGUGGCUGUCCUGAUACAGCGUGAAGGAAGUGGAGCAUCGCCAGAUACUUACGAUGCCGCCAACGAACCUGAGGAUGCUGUUGUGAAACGAACAAAGCUAUUAUCUUCCGUGCUCGAAACUCUUAAGCAACAAGAUCUUUCUUCGCUAGAGGCUACAGCCAAGGCGUUGGGCGACGGAAGUCGAGAUGGUAAGUGAAAUUACUUACCGUUUGUGAAUUUGUUAACGUGGACACAGUGGCAUGGAGACUCCCUUAUGGAGAUUCGGGAAUUCUCGAAUUCUUCCUUGACAUUCUUGCCUCAGAUGAGGAGCAUCCUCAUGGUGUCAAAGUCCAGGCUCUGCGUGUUACCGGAAAUUCUUGUGCUGAUACAGACCAAAAUCGAGCUCGAGUUGUUGAGGGCAAACAUAUCGUUUCUUUCAUCAAGCACCUUCAGGACAUGAGCCUUGUUCCAUAUUUGAUUCCGGUGCUCUACAAUGUCCUUGUUGAUUAUGAACCUGCUCAACGUCUUGCUUCAGAGUCACGACUCAGCAGUCAUCUCAUCACUCUCCUUCAAUCACCCAACCGCGCUGCUUUCAGCCCGCUUGUCACUUAUUUCUGCAAGAUCCUUGCUCUUCUCAUCACACAAGAUGGCGAGGUAGCUGUUGCAGAUUCUGAGACGGCCUCCGUUCUCCUGAAGCUGGCAGUCAGCCCUGACCACAACACUGAUAUCGAGGACUUUCUCGCCCUCGUAUCUACCGCAGCCAGUUAUCUUGCCAAUGAAUCCUUCCAAGAGCAACUCCUCAACUCAAAAGAAGCAGAUGUCUUCGUCAAGGCAUUCUACAUCGCACAUACCCAAUUCGACUCAGAGCUUGAUGACGAAGACACUGCCAAGGAACUUGGGCAGCUGUGUACUUCGUUGCUUACAACCCUGGCUGACCUGACUGGCAAUGACGCCUUCCCAGCUCAUUAUUCCCUUGAAAGCUCAGUGCCCCAGUCGCUUCUUAAAUGGUUGAAGGAGCCGCAUGUCAUUCUUCAGUCCGCAGCUUGUCUGGCUCUGGGCAACCUCUCCCGUUCAGAUCAGGCUUCCACGGCCUUUGUGCAGAAGUAUCAGGCUCAUCUUUCUCUGAUCGCCAUUCUUUCCGAUCCCGAGAUCAAAGAUGCCCAGCUUCUUCACUCCGCACUGUCUUUCCUCAAGAAUCUCGCAAUUCCGGCACAGAACAAAACGUUACUAGGGGAUCUGCUAAAGCCAGUGAGUGUACCGAGGAUACUGACCAUCGAUACUCUUCCUCAGGUCCAGUUCUCGGCAGUUUCACUACUUCGUCUACUGCUUGUGAACUGCCCAGAUAAUGUUCGUCGAGUUGUUAGUCCUAUAACAGCUGAAGGAGAGGGGUCUGGCAAGCACACAACUGUCCAUGAUAUGAUCUCGCUGUUUGAUCGAUCUGAUACGGAACCUACCCGACUCGAAGCCGCACGAAGUGUUGCUACUGUAUGCCGAGUUCUUCAUACAGCACCCACCGAGGAGGUUCUUUCUGGAUGGAGUUCUGAAAUUGAAAAGACACCAUCGAGGGAUCUGUUCUAUGCUGAACAUGAUCUUUCACAAGUGCUGUCAUUCCUCAUCAUUCAAGAGAAGUGGCCCAUUCUAAAAUCCGAGGCAUGGUUCGUCUUUGCUCUCAUGUCGCGAUCCAAGGAUGGCGCCCAAGUUAUCGCCAAAGUCCUUGCUAUAUCUGGAGCUAUGGAUGCUCUCAGUUACGCAGUCACCGGAAAGACGGCAAACAACGAAACACCACUGAUCGAGAGUGGUGCCCCUGAAAUCCCCCCAGCAAUUCCUGAAGAGCUGGCAUUGGAACCUCAGCAGGUUGACCCAAAACAAAAGGCUAAUAUGGCUAAGGUGGACAGAGAGAACUGUUUGGUAUUGUGUACCGAAGUUGUCAAGAAUGGGGAGACUCUGGAAUCAAAGCAAGUUGGUCGAUUACGGAGUUUGAUUCGACAGGGCACAGAGUUGCUGGGGGAAAGGGCUGAAGAGUAGUAGAGUCUCAAGGAAUGGAAUAGACACGAAUACUGGGGAUAGACAUCACUUUACGAAUCGUUCAAAGCGUUGAAAUCGUAAUGAAUAACUUUUUAAGAAAGAGAUACC